UAAGCGGAAGCGGGGCGCCGGUUCGCGCCGAGCCACCGAAUCGCUGCCGCCGCCGGCUCGGUUCGGCUCGGGAGUCGGGACCGGUCACUUCGCCCGUGCACCGCACCACACCACACCAUCCCCUCCGCCAGCCACCGGCACCGGGGCGGCGUGACUGGCCGUCUUUCCGUCCCGUCCCGUCCCGUAUCGACCCCGUGGCCCGAGGGAGAAACGGGAGCUCGACGCGCUCGCGGCGGGAGAUGGUGAAGAUAGUGACGUACAACGUGAACGGGCUGCGGCCGCGGGUGGCGCAGCACGGCUCGCUCCGCCGCCUCCUCGACGCCCUCGACGCCGACAUCAUCUGCUUCCAGGAGACCAAAUUGUCAAGGCAGGACCUCUCUGCAGAUGUCAUAAUGGCUGAGGGAUACGAGGCUUUUGUUUCAUGCAAUCGUUCUUCGAAAGGGCGUGGAUCAUACUCUGGUGUUGCUACAUUUUGCCGAGUAACAUCAGCAUUUUCCAGCCAGGAGGUUGCUUUGCCAUUAGCAGCCGAAGAAGGCUUUACUAGACUACAGGACUACGUGAAAAACAGUGAAAUUGCUGGGGAUUUCGUUCUUGAAAUGCCUGUAGAAGAGGAGGGUCUUGGUGAAGUCACAAGAGAGGACCUGCUAAGGGUGGACAAUGAGGGGCGGUGUAUCAUCACUGAUCACGGACAUUUUGUUCUUUUCAACAUAUAUGGCCCAGCUGUUGAAGAAGAUGAUAAAGAGCGUGUUUGUUUUAAGCUACUGUUUUAUAAGAUAUUGCAGAAACGAUGGGAACAUCUAUUGGCUCUUGGAAAGAGAGUUUUCGUUGUUGGUGAUUUGAAUAUUGCUCCUGCUUCUAUAGAUAGGUGUGAUGCGCCACCUGGUUUUGAGAAGCAAAUGUUCCGAGAAUGGCUGAGAUCCAUGCUGAGAGAACAUGGAGGUCCCUUUUUUGAUGCUUUUAGAUCAAAACAUCCUGAAAGGACAGGCGCAUAUACUUGCUUUAAUCAGAAAGUUGGCGCAGAAGAAUACAAUUAUGGCUCUAGAAUAGACCACAUUCUCAUUUCUGGUGCCUGUCUCCAUCACUACGAUUCUGUGGAAAACCAUAGCAUUUUUUAUUGCCAUGUAGAAGAAUGUGAGAUAACAAAUAAUUUCAAAAGAGGGAAUUCUGAAAAUCUGUCAAAGUGGAAAGGAGGAAGAAGUAAUAAGCUAGAAGGAUCUGAUCAUAUUCCAGUUUAUAUUUUACUGAAAGAAAUACCUGAACUUCCAGCUCAUAAUAUCCCACCAUCAGCUGCAAGAUAUCUUCCCGAGGUCCGUGGUCGGCAACAGAGUAUUGUAUCAUUCCUCAAGAAAGGGAAAACUAAUGAACUGCAAGAUGCCGCAAAUUUAAAUUUGUCUGAGGAUAGAGUUGAUAGCUGUUGUAGUGAUGGCUUGGAAAAUAAAAUUAUAGCUAAGGAAGAACUGGCAGCUGGUAUAACUGAGUUUCCAAGAGGUGGUAACCUUCCUAAUUUGAUGUUUAAGGGGACAAAUCUUGAUCAAUGGAUAAAUGAAGGUUCAAGUGGCAUCUCCCAAAAUAGCAAGAAAGCUCCAUUUGCUAGCACCAAGUCUGUGCCAAACAAGAAGAUUAAACACGACUUGUCCUCUCAACCAACUAUCAAGUCAUUUUUCCAACAACCAGGGUCAAAGACAGGAAAUUCCAAUACCAGUACCUUAGUUACACCAGCGGAAACAGUACAUUACGCUAAUGAAACAUGUCUUCCAAAUGAUGAUAGCCUGCCAGAAAACAUGCAGUGCGCAACUUCAGCUGCCAAAGAUCAGGAUAACUCAAAUACAUCACGUUCACUUUCAACAGACAAGUGUGACACUAUUGCUGCAACAUUAGAGUGGCAAAGAAUACAGAAAAAAAUGAAGAUGACCCUACCACGUUGCAAAGGACAUCGUGAACCAUGCAUUCCAAGGUCUGUGAAGAAGGGCUCUAAUAUAGGCCGUUUAUUCUAUGUCUGUGCUCGUGCUCAGGGACCUGCAUCAAAUCCAGAAGCGAAUUGUGGUCACUUUCAGUGGGCACCUGUAAAAUCUAAAGAGAAACACCCGUGACAGUUUUUCUUCUAUGCUUCAGCUGCAAGAAUUCCUUCAGCACUCAGUGAGUUCAGGACAUUUUGCCUCCUGUUAGUCUGGUAUAUCACUUGGUCCCAAUGCACUGAUGACGUGGUGAUGUACUUGUAAAGAGCGAGAUGAUCUUUUAAUCAGCACUAAUUUCUUUUCCAAGACAGGUACAUAUUUAACCCUGAAUUUAGUUGGUUGUAACUUGUGACACUAACAAAAUGUGGCCUUCCGUAUUCCGUUGGUUGGCUAACAAUCAAAUGCCUCCUUAGAGAUCU